UUUAGUAUAGAGAAGAUUCUGUCCAAAUUUAGCAGAAAUUUAAAGGAAACGUCCAUCAUGUCAACAAAAGAAAACGAACAAAAAUGAUGAAAACGUGAUGGAGUAUAGCAUUUAUGUUGGUUUCAUAAAUUGGAGGAAAGUCUCCUAAUUGGUCCACACAGAUGUGAUUUUUGUCUCUUCAGUGGACGUUAAAGUCACAUUUUUCAUGCACAUCAUGAUAUAUUUACAAGGUCAAAUUUUGCUUUUUAUGUGACAUUUUAUAAGCGUCUCCACUGAGUUUUUUAAAAAUGUACAAAUAGAAAAUAUGCACAAAAAAAAGAAAAGAAAUGGAUAGAAGCUGACUUGUGUCAGUCUGCACUAUCGGCCCAUAAGUCAAUCAUAAGGUAGUUAAAUCUACAACUGGGUUUUAAAUGACACCUUUUAAAGCAGCUGCAGAUUAUGCCAGAUAUUGUGUAACCUUUUUAAACUACUAUUAACACCCUGCUCCUUCUGAUCUUCCAGCUGCGUGAGCAGCACAAGCCUUAGGCCUCAUGGUGAGUCCAUAUUUUCACUAUCUCUGCAGGUGACAGGUUUAUUUCUCCAUCCGUCCGUGCUACGCCUCCAAAUCUCAAGGUCAAAUCUCAGCCAAGUGAAGUUUAUCAUCUGCAUCACUAACCGUAAAUAUAGCCCUCCGCCAAAAUUCGUUUUCACCAACAGUAAAGCUUUUGCACUGGUUCCUGAUACUGGCCCAAUGCCAGUGCACCUGACGAUCAGCAGAAAUGAAUCACCGGGUGCACCAAUAUUGCAAUAGUGUUUUCCCCUUGUUGUCGGGAACAAUGACUUCCUUAGUGGAUCCAAGUUUAAACAAUAACAAGGAAAAGAUUAAAAAAAGUCUCCCUUUAACGCUCUCAUGGCAAACAGUCACGCCUGGCUGUACACACUUUAACUCCAGACUCAAACAACACAGAGCUUUUCUUUUUCUUUUUUUUGUGACGAGCCGAGGAGCUAAUAAACAUUUUGGUUGCUAUUAGAUAGACGAUCUCAAAUCUCACACAUGACCUUUUCUUUUUUUUCAGCUCAGAUUGAAUCAUCCAGGUUAAACAGACUUUGGAAGAAAAGAUUUUUGCUUGUUUUAAUCACUACUCAUUAACUUUAAUCUAAACAAUUCAGCCAACUCCUGUCACAAAACUGUUUCAGCAACAGUGAUGAAUGGGCUAACGCGUUCAUUUCAGGCUAGAUUAGUUUGUAUUGGUCUGCAACUUUUAACCACUUUCACAUUGAGAGAGGGUUUGGAAGGUCUCACAAACUCUUUAACUCAAUUUAAACAGCUGUUUCCUGUCUGGUUCCGCAUCAAAACUCUUAUUGGGACUUUUGAUUUUUUUUUCCUGUUUUUUUUCCUGUUGAAAUAUAACAUGUCACACUUUGCUCAGUUUUGUUUCGUUUUUUUUGUCGAACAAAAAAAACAAACAUGAUUCCAAUAACACAGCUCCAAUCAUAUAAAAUCCAAGGUGAUGAUACCCCUCAAAUAAUCACCCUCUCCAUGUUAAAUGAGACCAAGUAUGUGGGAGAAAUAAGGUUCCCAGGGUGGACGCCAGCAUGGAAGGGAGUCCUUUUCCGUCGGUGUCAAAGCGUGACUUUGCUGAGUAAAUGGAGCAAGCUCUAAUGCUCCCGAAAUGAAUAUCAGCGAUCUGACCAAACUCAUUUAGAGAUCAGUCAAGGUCUUAAUCCCUCUCUGCAGGGGUGUGUGUUUGUGUCUUUUUAUUGUGCUCCCUCUUCCUUUUGGAAGAAGGUAAUAUGGCUAAAUUUGCUUCGCUAAUGGGCUUAGCGCAAGCUGUUACAGAGCACAGUUGACGCGAAGCAGCCAGGCUGGGAUACCAGUGGCUUUUAAUCUGACUCCUGGUGGAGUGAAAGGGAGUGUGGGUUAUAGUUUACGAGGAAUUUGGAGAUAAAAGGAAGACUGGGUAGGAGGUUUUACAGUGGGGGGUUCAGGACCAAAGUCUGGAAGGGUAAUCUUUUUUAGGGGCGGGGAAGAUAACUUCAUUUCACUUUUGGGGAAGUUUGGUAAAUGUGUCAAUAAGAAAAAAAAAAACAAUCACCUGAUAGGUUUUUAAUAUCAGCAUUAGGAAAGGGUUUGGGCCAAAAUCCUACCAAAAAUGAAGAGAAUCUUAAAGUACAAUUAGCGAAGAAAUGUGCAACAAAAUGGGAAAAAACGGUCUCCUGGUGAUGGUACAAUGAUCAAAAUGUUCCACAUUUUUUACUUCUGCACAGUAAAUUUACAUUGUUUUGCAUCUGUAGAGCAUUUUCUUGUAUAAUAAAGAUUUAAUGUCACCUGAAUUACUUUCAAGCUCCCUCGCAAAUGAUUUUGCGUGAUGGGUGUUUAUCAUUUAGGCAAUUUUACGAUACUUUUAAUUUCAUUGUUGUGUCUUGACAAAUAAAAGCCGUGACCCUCCUUGAACAUGUGUUCUGUGGGAGCACACUUCCUUUACAGUGGCGUCAGCCACAACCACCGAUAACCCGGUGUGUGGCAGCAGUGGGCCCUCCCAUGUGCCAGCUGUGGCAGGUACACAUUAUGGGAGCCAUAUGCGAGUUCGCCCUGAGAUUACAACACUUGUGCUACAGCUGACGUCCAUAAAUGCUUAUGACGGCAAUUUCCUGUUAAGAGGAAAGCCGUCGCAGCUAUCGGUCGAGUCUUCAUAAAACUUGAUUGUUUUGAAACAUGUGGUUUCAGUGGACGCUCUUCUCCACAUUAUCUAACUUGAUUAAAAAACUCCAGCUGACAGUGGAGACAGAAAGGCUGCAGAGACGGCACCUUGAAAGCCGAGGCAGGCGGCGGAGCUGCUUCAGGUCUCAAUACAAGUCACCUACCCCCAACGCAUCAGCCAUUCUGGGCCACUGACCCACAAAUAAGAGACUCAGUCAAAUCCAUUUUGCCCCAUGCCUGUCAGCGCUGUGUGUGUUUUAACUCUCUUGAGGGUCAUUUCCCCAGAACCUCCAUCAGGCUCAGGGUUCUUAUAGAGCGUCGAGCAGCACGGCCUCAACUCAGUUCUGCUCAUAACACACUAUGAAAAGGGGACUCUAGUCUGCAGCUGCUCGGAUGGAGUUUAUUACUAAACUAAAACAGUUGCUGUUUUAGCAGCCAGAGAAUUGCAGGAGAGGAACUGUCUGAGAAGGUAGUGUCUUUUUGACUUGAAGCAUGAAAUGAAUAUAAUCGAAGCGACGAUGAACUGCUUGAAUGUUUUAAAGUUUUUCAGAUUGCAGAUUUAAAUGUUAUAUCUACAUUUAAAACAAAGUUUGCACGGUUCUUAGUUCAUGUGCAGGUUAGAAAUAUAGAGUUUAAUGUGGCUUUUCCUGUCUCCAGGUACCAGUUAUGUCAAAUCCAGGGGGCAGUUUAUCUGAAGGCACAGUGUAUGGAUCGCGGAUUGCGAUGACAGAGGACUCCCUCGCCCUCCUGGAGCGGAACAGAGGCUCUGCAGAACCCUGGGACCUUGGGGAGACCAAACCAAGCGGGGAAGCCCAGUGUGGCGUGCCGGGCCUCUACCUGUCCUGCUUCGACAUGCUCCUCACCGAAGACGCCACCUGGCUGGUGAAAGUUUCAGAUGCCUCCCCGGCGCUGGCUGUGCCCAUGACUCGCAUGGAGGACGAGGACGAACCUGAGCAGUGCCCCGUCAUCGAUAGCCAGGAGCAGGGACUCUCUCCUGGGCUGGAGGGGCAGGAGGAGGAGCGGUCUCUGGAGCAGGUGCAGAGCAUGGUGGUGGGAGAAGUGCUGAAGGACAUUGAAACAGCCUGCAAACUGCUCAAUAUCACCGCAGACCCUAUAGAUUGGAACUCGGGGAACGUCCAGAAGUGGCUGCUGUGGACUGAACAUCUGUACAGGUUGCCCCACGCAGGAAAGGCCUUCCAGGACCUGAUAGGAAAGGACCUGUGUGCAAUGAGCGAGGAGGAGUUUCGCCAGCGCUCGCCGCAGUGCGGCGACACGCUGUAUGCACACCUGGACAUAUGGAAGUCAACUGCCUGGAUGAAAGAAAGGUGUUCAGUUGGAGAGACGAAAACUACUGGCGGUGAGGAUCUUUGGUCCGAGGCAGAUUCGUCUUGUUCCGGUCAGCCCAUUCAUCUGUGGCAGUUCCUCAGAGAGCUCCUGCGUAAACCUCACAACUAUGGACGCUGCAUUCGCUGGCUCAAUAAAGAAAAAGGUAUUUUUAAAAUCGAAGACUCGGCUCACGUUGCGAGGCUGUGGGGGCUCAGAAAGAACCGACCUGCCAUGAACUAUGACAAGCUGAGCCGCUCCAUACGCCAAUACUACAAGAAGGGCAUCAUCCGCAAGCCUGACGUGUCUCAGAGACUGGUGUACCAGUUCGUUCACCCAGUAUGAGGCAGCUGCCUACUGGGAGGAGGAGGAGGAGACGGAAACCUACAAAACUAAAAGGACCCACUGUCUCACCAUGCACUUGAACACCUAACCCGGAGAUGAAAAGGUGACAGUAAACGCGUGCACCGACCAACCCCAAUUGGUACACACUUCCACUGCCAGCACUGAAGCAACAGCUGCUGCUUGAGGGUUUAUCUUUGGCGAGAGGAAGAGACAAAACUAUGUGGCUGUUGAGGCUUUUUUCUACUGCAGAAUAAAAACAACCACAAAUUUUAAAAAACAAAAACAGAAACUGCCUUUGCAUGAUCUGCCUGUUUAUUUUUCCAUAAUGUGAUUCUCAAUUACAGUUAGAACUGAUUGCACUUACGUACACGCCUCAGGAAAACGCCCACAGCUACAUUUGCUUUGUCUUUUCGUUCCACUCAAAUUGAUCAAUGUCUCUGUUUGAAUUAGAGCCAGUUUUCCUGCCACGGGUGGUUAGGAAAAUUUUGCUUUUUUUGGGGGUUUGGUCCUGGCUCUGCUAUACACACAAGCAGUGAGUCAGCUCCUGUAAUCCAUCAACCAUCUUUUCUCUCAUCUGAAACGUACAGAGAGGGAGACUUUUGACAGUUUGCUGGAUCCAAGAGUGAAAACCUGUUAUCAAAGGAUCUUCAACACUAGUAAAUUGUUUUUUUAAGGUGUAGCUUGGUGAGGAGUGAUGCAUUUCCUAAGUAUUGUUUCACUGCUGAGGAGCCCUGCUUUAUAUUGUAUGCUGUAAACUUCUAUGUAUUGCUUUGUAUUGGUUUGUAUUGCUGUAUAUUGCAUUUUAUAUUGUGGAUGUUUUAUUACGAAGAUCCAAAAUGUUCAGUAAAAUAAAGUACAAUGAAUGAACAUGAAAUAAAUAAUCAUAUAAAUAAAUACAAACAAAAUGAUACAACCGUGAAAUUGUAAAGUCAUUUAAUGAAGGCUCUUAAUUAAAAUGGCUUUAUGGUCAGUACACCACAACUUUGGUGGAGUGAAAGUUCUUGACAUUAUAAAAUUUGAAGUUUCUUAUUUUGCAGAAGGCGACUCCUC